GGCCUCUACCCCAAAGCUCGUUGCUUCUCGGCUUGUGUAAGAUGUUGAGCGGAGCCUCGACACUUACUGGCAACUCAUUUAAUUUCCCAAAUUCCACCGACAGAGCUUGGAGUUGCAAUUACAUGGGCAUGAGAGGGAUCAUGAACAAGAAGGUAGAGAACGACGAGAGAUGUGGAGAGAAGGCCAGUCCAUAUGUACAAAUGGUGCCGAGUAAGCGGCACCAGAGGGUGAUCCUCCGAAUGUUUGCCAUCUUCAAGAAGAAUCCCGGCAUGAAACUUCUCGGUGUUGAGGUCGGGAAGAGCAAUGGGUGCUCGACAGAAGAUGAAGGUGAAGACCGUGUGCUAGAAAGUGAGCAACCCUUUCAAAGAAGAAGAAGAACGAAACGAAGAAGAUGACAGCAACGACAAUGACGACAUCCUUACAUAUGAAGAGGAGGAAUGUGAAGAAGUAGAGCUGUGCAAGAGGAGAAUUCUGAUGGGAAGGAGGUGCAAGCGACUGUACGGUUCUAGUACUAUCCAGUACGACAAUGAUGGCAUUUUGUUGCCAGAGUCGCUUCCAUGACUGGAGAUAUUUACCCUUUUUUCCAACUUGCCAUAUUCAAUUGCUUGUAAAUGUAUAGUCAGAAAACAUGUUGCCAUGAGCAGUA